GUAGUUCCAAAGCAUAAGUUUGUCCUUGUGAAAUUCGACACACAAUAUCCUUAUGGUGAGAAACAGGAUGAGUUUAAAAAGCUGGCAGAGAGCUCAGGCUCCAGCGAGGAUCUUCUGGUGGCUGAAGUGGGGAUAUCAGAUUAUGGUGAUAAACUGAACACUGAGCUGGGAGACAAGUACAAGCUGGAUAAGGAAAAGUUCCCUGUUUUUUACUUGUUCCAGGAUGGUGACUUUGACAAUCCCGUACCUUACAGCGGCCACAUCAAGGCCGGGGCUAUUCAGCGCUGGCUGAAGAGUAACGGCAUCUACCUGGGGAUGCCAGGCUGCCUGAAAGAGUACGACAUGCUGGCCAGCAAGUUUGUGAGCACCGCUGAGAAAUCAGAACGCCAGUCCCUCCUGAAAAAGGGGCAGGAGAGUUUAGAAAAAACAAAAGAAACCGAGAAGAAGUCAGCUGAGCAAUACUUGAAAAUUAUGAGCAAGAUGCUGGAGCAGGGAGAAGAGUUUGCUGCUAAUGAAGUCGUCCGAAUCACAAAACUGAUCGAGAAGAACAAAAUGAGUGAUGGAAAAAAGGAGGAGCUCCAAAAAAGCCUCAAUAUCCUUGCUUCUUUCCUGAAGAAGAAUAAUGAAAAAGAUGAGCUCUAAUAUGUUGGGGAACUUUCUACAAGCUGUGAAACACUGUCAAGAGUCCUAACCAGUUCUCCUUAUGCAAGCAAACUUCCCGCUGACUUCAAGAGAGCAGCAGAUUUCCUUCUGGUAUUCUCAGUUUAGAAGAUCAAGAGGAAGACAUUCCUUAAAAACACAGUAUUCUAAAUGUUGGAAAAAUCACCUUAAAGCAAGACGCCAAUAUUGUGUAAUACUAUUCAAUAACAGUGUUAAAGUAGACAAAAAAAGCACUAGAUUGGCCUGAAGCACAUUCCUGGUGGUUUUUACAGCUGUUCCCUGGCAAACAAAUAACAAAAUUCAGUCUCACAUUCCAUCUUACAUGUUGUAAAUGGUACAAAUCGGGUGCCCCUCGCAUUCCCAGCUUUCCCUCGUCUUAGUGUCCUUAGGUUUUAUGGUCUUUAAUCUACCCCUCCUCCUAUCUUUUGUUUUCCCAGUAGGGCUCCUUCUCCGAGUCUUGUUCUCCUUACCUGUUGUUGACUAAGAGACCCAGAAUUUCCU